CAUGGCAACUUACCUGUACGGAACAUAAAAAUAAUAUCAAACAUUCGUGGUAUGUGAAACAAUUUGAUGCAGGUACAUUUGGGCAUUUUUUUAAAAUGGCGCGUCCCAUCUGGCAGCUUGGAAUUGAAAUCCUCGCCCCCUCUCAUCCGAGCAGCAGCCCUGACCAUGAAAUGGUCAUGACACCAUUUCAGCUGAUCGAUGAGCGACGGUUGCGCCUCACCUUACCGGCCGUCCCUCCUCUUCCUCUACCCCCCCAGCCCACACACACACACAGACCUCGACCCACCGAAGCUGCGCGACCCCUCCUCGCCCUCCUCCCCCCCACUCUCCAUCAUUUCCCUGUCCUCCCCUCCGACAAACAUGGCUGCGAAAUCUGACGGCGCGGCCGUCUCUCCGCGAAGCCAAAUAGCGGCCGACUCUCCCUCCAGGCCGGGCCGGCGGGCUUCGCAGAGCCUCUGGGACGAGCCGCGCUACUCGGCGGCGGACUGCUGCUGGACCCUGGGCGCCCUUUUGGUCUUCUUCUCGGACGGGGCCUCAGACCUGUGGCUGGCCGCCGACUACUAUCUCCGGAGGGAGUAUUGGUGCUUUGCGCUCACGUUGGUCUUUGUGAUCAUUCCCUCCGUGGUGGUGCAGGUGUUGAGCUUCCGAUGGUUCGCCUACGAUUUCUCCGAGACUCCGGAGAGCGGCGCGGCGGCGGCGGCGGCGGCCGCGGUGGCGGCGGCGUCGUCGUCUGCGGUGGACGGGAACGACUUGAACGCCAAGGAUGGCGGCGGUGAGCGGGGCGGUGAGCGGGGCGCUGGCCGCUCCGCCACCGGGGGACGUGCCCGAGGAUGCUGCAGACUGUUCGUGUGGCUCUUCCAGGCGCUCGUUCACAUCCUCCAGCUGGCUCAAGUGUGGAGGUACGUCCGAGCCCUGUAUUUGGGCGCGCAGAGCCGCUGGCGCCGGGAGCCGGAGCGCCGGCACUUCCGCCUGCGCGUGAUGUUCGAGAGCGCCGACAUCUGCGUCCUGCGUCUGCUGGAGUCCUUCCUGAAGAGCGCCCCCCAGCUGGUGCUGCAGCUCUCCAUCAUGAUCGUCAGCGGCGAGGUGCUGCCUCUUCAGGGGCUGUCGGCGUCCGCCUCCCUGAUGUCCCUGGCCUGGAUGCUGGCCUCCUACCAGAAAGUGCUGCGGGACUCGCGAGACGACAAGCUGCCCAUGAGCUACAAGGCGGCGGGCGUCCACAUGCUGUGGCACCUGUUCACCAUCGGGGCCCGAGCGCUGGCCUUCGCCCUCUUCGCCUCCGUCUUCCAGCUCUACUUUGGCAUCUUCGUGGUGGCGCACUGGUGCGCCAUGACCUUUUGGAUCAUCCGAGGCGAGACGGACUUCUGCGUGUCCAAGUGGGAGGAGAUCGUCUACAACAUGAUGGUGGGCGUGGUCUACGUCUUCUGCUGGUUCAGCGUGCGGGAGGGCCGCACCCGCCGCCGGCUGCUGGCCUACAGCCUGACGGUGUGCGCCGAGAACGCGGCCCUCACCGCCGCCUGGUACCUGCACCGGGGGCGGCGGCCCUCCGACCUCCGCGCGGUGGCGGCGGUGUGCGCCGUGGCCGGCAGCUACGCCCUGGGCACCUUCUUCAUGGCCGUCUACUACUGCCUGCUGCACCCCGACGGGCCCGUCGCCGGCCGGGGACGCGCGGCGGCGAAGCGGCCGGCCCCCGACGGGGCGCCGGCGCCGUCCGGCCCCCCGCCGCCCGACGCGCUGAGCGGCCCGCCCGGGACCCUGCAAAGAACUAAAGACCGAGAGCGGGACGCGGACGUGUUUCAGGUGCGAGCGCCUCGGGGGCCCCGGGCGCCGGUGCGCCGGCCGACGCCCGGGACGGAGGGGCCCGUCAUCCGGAUAGACCUGCCCAGGAAAAGUUACCCCGCCUGGGACGCCCACUACAUCGACCGGCGGCUGCGCAAAACCAUCCUGCUGCUGGAGAGCGCCGCCCCGGUGGCGCCGCGCAUCCAGUACCGCUGCCUGGCCGCCCCCAAAGAAGUCGCCGAGUACGAGACCACCGUGUGAGGCCGUGAGAGCGGCAAAGCGUUUGGAUUUUGUUUUUCUUAACCAGGGGCCGAAUGGCAAAAUUCACCGCGGGGUGAGCCGACCGAUACGCUUCGCGCAGACUCGCCAUUUGAACUCAUUCAAUUCCAGCC